UCAUAGCGGUUUGAGUCGGGUUACCAUUUUUGGGGCUAGUGAGAGACGGAGCUCGACAUGAAGUGGACGCGGUUUCUUCUUCUGGCGACGUUACAGGUGCCGCUCUCCGUUGCCAUCCCAGGACUGAGUCAAGAGCAAGAGGAGUGGCUGGAGAGUGUGACUCACUCCAAUGUGUCAACAUCAUGGCCGCUACUCUCUUCCAACCAGAGCAUAAACCUUCUCAAAAACAUUAGGAAUUUCCAAAAUAUCACCGAGAUUGCCAACUACCCUUACUAUCAAGCUGUUGAACUGUGGUACAGCGAUAAAAAUAGAACAAAGAUCCUUCGCUAUGAUGAUGUAGGAGAUGGAGCUGCAUGGACUGGUCUUCACCUUGCUUCAAUGGUGCAUGAAUAUGCAGUAACACAGGAUCCUUCGGUUAUGGAUCGGAUAUGGGGAACUCUAGAAGCACUGGACAUGAUGACUGCCUGUACCGGAAAACUUGGUUACUUGCCCAGGUUUGUUGGACUUGCGUCUGAUCCUGCUUAUGCUGCCUACUACCCUAACUACACUGGAGGUACAUUUCGCUGCAUUGCCCCGUACGAAGACUACAUCUGGCUGGGCCACACCUCCAGAGACAUGUACGAUGGCGUUUCCUUUGGGCUGGCAAACUCCUGGGUUUGGCUACCUUCAAAUGCUACAAUUCGCAGAAAAGUAAAAAUGUUGGUGGAGAGAAUCACAGAUAGCUUGAGAAAAGAUUACAUGUGGAUUAUCUCACCAAAGGACCAGUUCACAAAUCCACUUCCACUUUUUUCGGCCACUUGGAGGAAACUAGCACUCACAGUUAACUAUGAAAAAUACAAGGACAUGGAAGCUGCUUACAUUCUUGACUUCUACGCAGCAUAUGAGUUUGAAAUGAAGAUCAGUUCAAUCCACGACAGUACAUACUUUCCAAACGAGUUAGAUGUUGAAGAGGUGUACGUUUUGGCAGUACUUGAAGACGAUGAAAGCAGAAAAAAUGACCUUUUGAAGAGAUUUACUGAAAUUGCUGUAAACAAUGCCUUCCACUUUCAACCAGGAUUUGCUGCUUUCUACCUGUCGGCAUUUCCAAACACCUCGACCUACAUGGUCCCACAGGGGGUACUCCAAGGAGGACUCUAUGACUACCCGGCAGCACCAGACUGGGACCGUUACGUCGACCAAUCCCAAAACCCAAAAUACAUGCCGCACUAUGAUUCGGACCACAGUGAGUACGCACUAAUGAUCAGGGACCGACCCCCAACAACUUACUUCUGGCAGAGAAAUCCCACAACUCUCAAGGUAUACUGCAGAUCAGCUAUAUACCAGAACACCAGUGCAUGCACAUGUAUAGCGAUGUUGCCCGCUCAGUCAGACAUGUAGUAGCUAUACACACUGCACACACAGGGAGGUGAUGCUUGCUGUCUGCAGCGCAAACACCUGGAUCUCCUACUCGCCUACUGGAUGGGCCGGACAUCGGGGUUCAUUAUGGGAGAAUAGACGCUGUUUCCACCUUGCUGUCGCCAUAGAACGCUUAGACACACUUUGUAAAAUGAUGGAAAAUAUCCAUAUACUGUCACUGUAUCAUUGUGCGACAAAGAUUGUGUUAGAAUACAAUGUACAGGACCUUUAAUAUCAAGUUUUAUAACCUAACAUCGAAUGUAGGGUCCACUGAGUGUCAUUCGCUCUUGAGUUUAGCAAGCCUCUUUUUCAUCUGCGAGUACAUGUGUCUCAUUUCAACAAAGGCAAUUGGAGGAACGCAGCAUAUGGCAAUCCAAAUGAGGGAUACGAGGUCGAAAGAGAAAUUUAGAGGAUUUGGUAGAUCAAACUGAAAGUAUCCCGAGUUCUUGAAGUGUGGAAUAGAGAGCCACAAAACGGUAGCUUCAGAAGUGAAUCCCAACGGAUAGAGUGGUAUCCACGCAGUGUAUCUCAACCAUGUCAGUGUUUUUGCUUCCAUGCCAAGCACCGAGAGAGCAUAAUAGGGAUAUCUGAAUAUCUCAAUUAGAGACCACACCAAGAACAGCACAUAGACAAUUGGGUGCUCAUGAAUUUCAACGGACGGACGCAGCACAGCAAACAGGAUCAGAAACCGGCCAAACACCUGAAGAAAGACAGUCGUAAUGCCACUCUUUACGAGCCCGAAUGCAGAAUGGAGGAUUUCCAGCAUCAUCAGUGCUUGGGAGAACAUCAACAUGGAGCCGGUGGAGCUAUAGGCAGUCGAAACACACCUCUUCCUUUGGUGAGACACUUGAGAAGGCUCAUCACAAUGAGGAUAAACCCGGCCCACUGAACUCCAUUAUACAACAGGAGGUAAGCCUUCUUGGCCGUGUCUACAGCUAUAAUGUGUGCACAAAAAAAGUGAUAUGCACACACACAGUCACUAUGUAUUCUAUCAAUACUGGCCAAAAAAGAACGUG